AGAUUGUAUGACUGUAUUCUUCCUUCACAAAAUUAAUCCAAGAUCAAAGCGACAAUUAAAUUGUUUCAUGCCCAGAGUAACUCAACCUCUUUCGCUACAUUGUAGUUCAGCCGGCUAGCCAUUGGUUUGUAGGAAGCAGGCACAUUGUUGGCAAUCGGGGUCGUACACACAAUUUUCUGUGUGACGACGCAUCUCACACAUUCCGGAUUUGUUCGUUGUAGAAUCUUGUGCAAAGGGCCCAGUAGGGUGCCCAUGCUGGGUUUGUCGAAGCCUUGACAGUCGUGCUGGUAGCAAUGAGUUUCCGUGCCCUGUUCAAAUCGUCCAAGAAAGAUGGCGCGGAAGGCGGCCAGUCCCCAGCUCAGAGUCAGAAAGAUCGUGUGCCAAUAAGUGUCUCUGUUCCUCCAAAGCCAACUGCAUCGAUGUCCACGCAUGCGACGGUCUCCUCUGAUGCUGGUUCCAUGUUUGAUGGGAUGAACUUUGGCACGGUGGCAUCUGCUGUGCCAGAGCAAGAGAAGGCCGGCGAUGCAUCUGCUCCUGAAGCCGAAUCGAGCAGCAACAUUGACAGUCACGCUGCAGAAGGAAGCAGCGAGGCCUCCACAGCUGAGGCAUCUGCGUUCACGUUUCUCAAGCCAUCUACGGCAGCAGCAGCAGCAGCAGCAACUUCGGCGGCAGCAUCACAGGACGAAAGUGGAGAGCCUUCAACAACGGAAGGAUCGGCAUUCUCGUUCCUCAAAGGCGAUGCGGCACCAGAUAACACUGCAGUCACAACAGAGACUGUGGGUGUUGAGGAACCAGCUGCAUCGUCAGCAUUUUCCUUCCUCUCGGCAGGUUCAGCAACACAGACCUCCACUGAGGUGUCCAUCAUCGCACCAUCGAAUCCCACUGAUAGUGACAUGAUGUCAGCUGCACAUCACACCGAAGAGACUGCUGUUGACAGUGGCAGCAGUCCCGCUGCGCUGCGCGCAACUGCAGCCAAAGCAACGCCAGUCCAGGCAUCGCCUACCCUGCGACAGCCCAGGUCUGUUCAGCGAGAAACACCAAGCAGCACCACGGGAACCCCGUCGAAUCCACAGCGAAAAAAGAAGAGGAAGGCACGUGUUCCCGGUGGAGCCCGGCUUGAUGACGAAUCAACCUCCGUGUCAAUGGAGAAGUCUCCAUCAAUCUCAAGAAGUGGAGCUGGGUCAAGGGAAGACCUCGGAGAUACCAGCAGUAGCAGCAGUUCAUUGAUAGCAGGAAAGGAGAGCAUAGCUGAUGUUGCUGGACCCACUACUGACAGCACUGCAACACAGGUAGUUGGAGUGGGCUCCGCUUCGUCUGACAGCACUCCUGCCAGCAUCAAAAAGUCAUCGGCAAGCAGCAGUGUAGCUGGAUCUGCAGGGACUGCUACCAGAGGUGUGGACACUGUGACAGAUGUUACGCCUGCUGCUGCUGACAUUCUCAAAGACGGGGAUGAAACUGAUGGGCAAGACCACAGUAGCCCAAAGACUAUCUCCAAACUGGCGCUAGUCGACUUAGACGGAUCUUCGCCAGCUGUUGGUGAUCAGAAUGAUCACGAAGCGAAGCUGCCAGUCGAUGAAAAUGUGGAAUCUAGUGACCAAUCAGUGCCCGUUGAUAGUGCAGCAAGUGCCGCUGGACAAGUCUCGAAUGUCCCUGACUCGCUGCUCGAGUCGAAGCAAAUAUCUUCUACGGACCAAAACGAAGUGGACAGUAUGAAUGUGUACGACAUCAAGCUUAGUGUGGAAGAGCGACUGGAGCUUCGCCUGCAGUCAGAGUCAUUUCCUUUGAAUGACAUCCUAUUAAACCUGAAACAAACAGAGAACCAGCUAGUUGGCUACUUGUCAACCCUGCAUUCUAAUCAAGCCCAGCGCCUCUCAAAACGCCGUGAAGCCCCUGAGCUUCGGAAGCUGGAAGCAGCAGCCACUGCUCAAGAAAAUUUUGAAGAAGCUGAGAAGCACAACAGUCAACUGAAGGACAUCACUGAUACGCUUGCAUCCAUGUCAUUCACAUUGCAAUCAGUGGACAAUAUGGUAUCGCUGAAUUCUAAGCGAAAUGAGCUUAUCGAGUCGCAGUGUUCCGUUCAGCGUGAAUCGGUGGACUGCAUUCAAUUGCUUCUGAAAGAGCAGUUGACGGAAGCAGAAUCGUAUCGGACACAGUCGACGGCGGACAUCGCAAAGCACCGUCAAGAGAUCUCGUUACAGAGAGAGGCGAUAGUGAGAGAGCAAAGCCAUAUGGACGUAGACUGGGAUCUGUCACGCAAGUGUACUGAAAAGCUACAGGCUGAAGAGGAGGAGAAAACCAGAGACACCAUGGCAGAGCGGGGAGAGCUGUCCAAGAAACUUGACACGGUGCAGAUGGAGAUUGCUGAGCUCGAGGAACGUCUACGUGGCCUGCGCCAACAGGCCAGUACCAUCCAAGCAUCCAUUGAUGUUGUGGACAGCAAGGUGGCAACCGUGCGUACAGAAAUGUCAGCACAGCGCUCGCAACUGGACACUCAGGUGGAGAGCUUGCACGAGCAACAGGCGCAGCUGGACAAGCGGAAAGCUAAACUGGAAGCAGAUGAGGGCGUCACAGAGAAGCUUCAAGAGGAGAUAGACACCAGUCAAAAGAGGCAUGCGGACAUUGAAACGAAGAUGCAGUCACUGAUUGAGAGCCGCAGUCAUUCCCUGGAAGUGGGCAGAAAUGACACCGAGUGUGUCGAAUCGUUUCUAUGUCUGGCGGAGCAGUCCCGGCAGACAUUGGCAUGUAGCAUAUCCUUAUCUGAGCAAAAGGGCGCCCUUACAGAAAAAGAAGAUGAAGCUCAAGGUAUCACUCACAAGUUGGUUAUUGCUCAGAAGGACACGGCUAGUUUACGUGGAAAGCUCGACAGUAUUACCACGCAAUUGCCCAGUGUCGAAACAGCCAAAAAGCUGGCCGUCAGCGGAAGGAACUUCAAGGAGGCUCAGCGGCUCAAACUUGAGCAGGAGAAACUUUUGGUAGAGAAAGCAUCUGUUGAGAAAGCGUUAGAAGAAGAGCACGAGAAGUCUGGUCAGCUGAAUGCACUCCUCAAGGAUUGCCAAGAACAACUUGAUGCGCUGAGGCAGGACUACCUGCGCAUUGAGGAAGAGAGUGAUAUGGAAAUUGUAUCCAAUUGCACUAAGUACAGUGACAAACUGCAAGAGCUCCUCAGCAGUGGUUCGGCAUCCGCUUUCCUGCAACGCCUUGUGAAAAUCGAGCUUUCGUUCUGCAAGUUGGUUAGUGCAGAGUUAUUGGUGAAGCAUGGAAAGCCAGUGGACUUGACCGAGGCACUGGACUUUGAAGACAGUGAUGAUUUCAACCAUGCCGGUGCCGGAGAUUUAGAUACAUGUGCAAGAGACGAUCAGCCGGCUGCCACCCAGCUGACUGCAGGCGAAGACACCGAAGAGAAGAAGACGCUGCGAGCACGAAUAGAAGCUUUGAAAGACGAAUUAGACGACGCCAUUGCUGCAGAGGACUAUGACAAAGCGGCUAAAAUUGAUGAAGAGGUGCUGCAGCUGAAUGCCGAUCUAGAAGCCCUUGCCUGAACACAAAGUGUUGCUCCACGUCACUGCCAACAUUCGUUGAUGUAUUACCAGACUCUUACUAUCCCCAUAGUAAUACUAGCUACUACAAAGUACUAUGCUAAAAUUGACGAUAAUACUUGGCAUCCGCAUUCCUAACUAAUGAGCAUUGUGAUCAUGUAAGCUGCUCUUUACGCAUCAUUUUUGAAAUAUUUUUGUACGUGUUAUUUCUCAUAAGAUCUCAGAUGGCUCGUGCAGUCCCUCUGCCCAUGAAAUUAGGUGCUGUACUGAGCGAAAUGCUUCUAGCCUUGUCCACAUGGAUUGCAACGUGUUCCUGCUACUCCUUUCUAGAUUCUCAUGAAAAUCCAGUCAGUUGCUGAUCAUCACACAGUUGGCAGAAUUUUUAUUUAUACCAUGGUCAAAACCCCUAUUUCAAAGUAUCCCCUUUUAUAAUACCGUCGUCAUGCAUAGAACCUUAGUCCUUUUUUAUUGUUCACAAUUCUUACACCCAUAAAAGAUCAGGAUUAUAAAAAUCAAGAAAAGUAAAAUCA